CGGUGAAUGCUUGAAGUUCGCCUACGUCGAGAAUGAGAGCAGCUUGUGUCUCCUGCCUGGGUGUUGCGAUGGAAGUCGGAAAGUUUGAAGACUCCGGGAAUGACUGUAGAGUCUGUUAAUGGCUGACGGAUAGAACUGCUCUCUAAUCUCGGCUGGUGUUUCCCUGGAGGUUCAAGGUCACAGCAAGGUCGAAGGUCUGAGACUCGUUGUGCGUGCACAAGCGUCACUCGUUAUUACAGAGGAGUAAUCGGGUUAUUAACGCCGUAGUCAGCAGCAUCAUGGCUAAUGAUGACGACUGUGUGGGUCUGACUGAAGAACAGCUGGAGUCCAUCAGAAACAACCAUGAAGAACGUGAGUUUUUCGUAGUGCAUUAUCUGAAUGAUCUAAAGGAAAGGGGUGUGUCUUCACUGCUUCAUAACACACCCAUCACCUGCAGAGUGGAGAACACUGAGAGAUAUACCACUCGCUCCAAGGUGCGUGUUUGUUCUCUGUAUACGGUGCGUCUGACCCAUGGUGAAUUCACCUGGACCAUAAAGAGGAAGUAUAAGCAUUUCCAUGACCUGCACCGAGAUUUGUACAAACACAAGAUGAUGCUGCAGUUCCUCCCACUUGGGAGGUUUGCCAUUCAGAGGCAGCAGCUGGAGAGCAUGACUGAGGAGAUGCCCUCUCUGCAUGGUACUGAGAGAAUGGGCAGGACAUCCAGCAAGCCGAAAUACCUGGAAGAGUACCUAAACAGCCUUCUGGAGAACUCUUUCUGCAAGAACUACAGUGGCAUGCUGGAGUUCCUCGGAAUCAGCCCUUUGUCCUUUAUCAAAGACCUUGGACCCAAAGGCCUUGAGGGGUUUAUUCUGAAGAGAUCAGGAGGUCACCGGAUCCACGGCCUCAACUGUUUUGGCCACCAUCAGUUCUGUUUCCGCUGGUCGCAUCGCUGGCUUGUGGUCAAGGAUUCGUUUCUGCUUUAUAUGUCCAGAGAUCCAGGCCUGGUGUCCUUCGUGCUGCUCUUCGACCCCGAGUUGAAAGUCCUGGUGGAUCGGCACUACACGGACACCAAACACGGCGUGUGCAUCGAGACCGUCAGCAGAAAGCUGAUCAUUAAGUGCAAUAGCUACCGGCAGGCCCAGUGGUGGAGUCAUGAGAUCCGGCGUCUGUCUGAACGCUGCGAUUUUCUCCAGUUCCACCGCUUUGACGGCUUCGCCCCGCCCAGACCGGACUCCCUCACCAAAUGGUACGUGAACGGGAGCGGAUAUUUCUCAGACCUGGCAGACGCACUGGAGAAGGCGAAGGAGGAGAUCUUUAUCACCGACUGGUGGUUAAGUCCUGAAGUUUACCUCAAGCGUCCGGCUAAAGGGACGUACUGGCGACUGGACCAGAUCCUCAAGCGCAAAGCAGAACAAGGAGUGAAGGUGUGUGUGCUGUUGUAUAAAGAGGUAGAGCUGGCCCUGGGCAUUAACAGCGACUACAGUAAAAGAACCCUAAUGGGUCUGCACCCAAAUAUCAAGGUGAUGCGUCAUCCUGAUCACGUGGCCUCCGCAAUCAUCCUGUGGGCUCACCAUGAAAAAAUGGUGGCCAUCGACCAAUCGGUGGCCUUCGUAGGCGGGCUGGACCUCGCCUUCGGGAGAUGGGACGACAGUAACUACAGGUUGUUUGACGUUAUGCAAUCAGAAACAGCCAAUCACGACGCGCGUCCGGUUCCAGAGACUGAAGGAGAGGAUGCGGUUAAUGUUCCUCUCACUGGUGGAACGCUGGCAGGAGGUUGUGAUGAGGUGGAUUUGAGCUGUAACAUGAUGUUAUGGUUAGGAAAAGAUUAUAGUAACUUCAUAAAGAAGGACUGGAUACAGCUGGACCAGCCUUUCCAAGACAACGUGGACCGGGCGCACGUGCCUCGUAUCCCGUGGCGUGACCUCGGAGCUGUGGUUCAUGGGAAGGCAGCCAGGGACCUGGCACGCCAUUUUAUACAGCGCUGGAACUUCACCAAGAACUUUAAGAUAAAAUAUAAAGCCAAGUUUUACCCAAACCUGCUGCCCAAGAGUCACACUACUGCCAGUGAGCUUCCCUUCAUCGUGCCUGGAACAGCCAGAGCAUCUGUACAGGUGCUUCGCUCGGUCGAUCGCUGGUCAGCCGGAGUUUGUGAGUGUUCCAUCCACAAAGCUUACAUAGACACUAUAGAGAAAAGUCAGCACUACAUUUAUAUAGAGAAUCAGUUCUUCAUUAGCUGUGCUGAGACUGUUCACAACUCCAUAGGAGACACUAUUGUCAAGAGGAUCCUGCGGGCACACAGUGAGAAACAGAAGUACAGAGUGUUUGUGGUGAUUCCUCUCCUACCCGGAUUUGAGGGAGACAUCAGUGAGGGAGGAGGCAACGCCAUCCAGGCUAUACUGCACUUUAUCUACAGGACAAUAAAUCGUGGAAAGAACUCCAUUCUAUCCCGACUCAAGGAACAGAUGCAGGAUGAAUGGACGCAGUACAUCUCUGUGUGUGGCGUGCGCACACACUCCAGUCU